CUGACUUGCCUUCACACCGGUGCUCUUACCCUAGAAUACCAUUUGUCUUGUCUGAAGGCAGUCAUGCACAUCCUUUCAGGCAUUUGGGUUUGUUACAUGUGAGGUACUAUGCUGUUCCUUGGCAACCAAGCUGUGCUACACCUCAGAAUUAAGGAUCAAACCCCUCAGGGUUACAGCAGUUUCUCACACAGAUGAGUCCCACCCACUGAAACCCAUGCAGGUGACCAGUGAUGGCCACAGAAUCUGACUCCACAGACAAUUCAAGUGAAGGCGGGGCAAAUGCAGAUCAGAUAUUAAGUGCAGCAGAAAAGAUCAUACUCACAGUCUUCCUCGUCGUCGUUAUAAUUAUGACUGUACUUGGCAAUUUGCUGGUGAUGGUGGCUGUCUGCAAAGACAGGCAACUCAGAAAAAAGAAGACUAACUACUUCAUUGUGUCGCUGGCAUUUGCUGAUCUCCUGGUGGCACUGGUGGUCAUGCCUUUUGCAGCAAUAGAGCUAGUGACAAGCAGCUGGGAGUAUGGAGAAACUUUCUGUCUGGUCCGGACGUCACUGGAUGUCAUGUUGACAACCGCAUCCAUCUUGCACCUCUGCUCCAUUGCACUAGAUAGAUACUAUGCUAUUUGCUGUCAACCUUUGGUCUACAGGAACAAAAUGACACCUCUGUGUGUUGCUUUCAUGCUGGGUGGAUGCUGGGUAAUUCCAUGCUUCAUUUCCUUUCUGCCCAUUAUGCGAAGCUGGAAUGCCAUUGGAAUUGAGGAGAUUAUAGACUCAAGAAAGUUCAGCAAUGCCACCAAUGAGACCUUCUGCAUCUUCUUAGUAAACUGGCCCUACGCCAUCAGCUGCUCGGCUGUGGCCUUCUACAUCCCCCUGGUCCUGAUGGUGCUGGCCUACCAGCGGAUAUACAUAACCGCCGUGGAGCAUGCACGGCAGAUCGGGAUCCUUCAGAGAGCAGGCUCAGCCUGUGAAGCACUUGAGGGCUCUGACAGCCAUAGCCCCAGUAGGAUGAAGGUGGAGACUAAAGCGGCCAAGACACUAGCCAUCAUCAUGGGCUGUUUCUGCCUUUGCUGGUCCCCUUUCUUCAUCACCAACAUCAUUGACCCGUUCAUAGACUACAGCGUUCCCGGGCAGAUGUGGACAGCCUGGCUCUGGCUGGGGUACAUCAACUCAGGCUUGAACCCUUUCCUGUAUGCCUUUCUGAACAGGUCGUUCCGACGUGCCUUUCUAAGGAUACUUUGCUGUGGGGAUGAGCGAUAUGUGCGUGCUGGAAGCUUCAGACCGUCACGAUCAUACACCACCUCGGUCAACAGGACUUCCAUAUCGAUGAGAUUAGCAUUCCUUUCCAGUCAACAUCACUGUGAGAAUGGAAGACAGAUUCUUUCCAGUGAUCUGGAAUCCCAGGAUUCAGUCGGAGAGUUCCCAAGGAAAGAAGGGUUUCAGCACUGAAUCAAAAGUGAA